UUCAAGACAACAAAUCCGUUCAUAUUUGAUGAAAAAAAUUUCUCAUUGGAGAGAAGUAGGGAAAAUAAUCCAUCGUACCUGUAUAUGGAUUUCAAGACAUCUGGCGAUGUUCAACUGAAAGUGUUUGCUAAGCCAAAAAGUUGUGAAGAUGACAUAUACAGUGACUUUAUCGCUCCAAUGCUUAAUCAAAGGCUACUUGUUCAAUCAUGGAGGGCAAAACUAGACGAUGAAUACUGGGUGGAAGGUGUAAAACAUGUUCGUUUUGAAAAUCAACUUGAAUUCCUCACGAAUGUGGAUCAUUCCAAAUGGGCAGUUGCUAGUACCCGAGAUGUACCAUGGACAUGUAUUGGGGACCUAAAUAGAGAUAAAACUCAGUUCAAAAGAGGAGGUCUUUCACUUUGUCUGAACGAUGAAAGAGUUGCAAAUGCAUUCCGUAAUUUUUAUAGUAUUGGUGUAAGGGAUCCACCACCCGUGACACAUCAAAGAAACACUUGCAGAAAUAAAAACAGAAGAAAUCCGAGAAGAACAUGUGGGAUGGAGCAAUUACAAUAACAUUCUUCAUCACUGAAAUAAAUAUAGCAUACUAAAACAGUACGGUCUCAUGAUCAAUGGUUUUCAGAAGAUUAAUGGUACUUCCGGUUAUUGUAGUUGGAAUAUAAUUUUUUUUUUUAUUGUGCAUUUCUCUUUUAACAUAAAUACGUCAUUUGCACAUGCAUGCGUAACAUUGUUGUAUAUGUAGUAAUGAAUGGCCAUGCUGUAACGCUUAGUGUAAAUAUUUGUGAAUGGA